AUGAUUGGGGAAAUACCAAAACGUUCAAUGUCUUUUAAAAAGGAGAAUAAUGGUGCCAUUCCACAAGCUAUCACGAAUGCAUGGGCCAACUACCGACACUCUGAGUGCACAUGGCAAGGAGCAAGACCACUAAUUCAGAAAGCGAAGACGCCAUUCGAGAGGCAUCAAGACAUUACGCCGGACGUCCCUGGAGCUCCGCCGCCAGGAGCAUUCCCAGGGGCACCUGCUCUUCCAGGGAGCAUACGGCGCCAAUGGGAAGAAACUUUACUGAAGAGGGAACAGGAAUCGGGCUUCGAGAUGAAUGUGUCGUUGUCAAGCAUGGGGCAUGUUCGAGGAUACCAUUACAAGCCGGAUCCAGAAUCUCAACGGGCUCGUGGGUUGUUUUCAAUGAGCGUGGAGUGCCUGGCACAAACGGGGAAUGAAGAGGAUAGACGCAAAGCGGCGGAGAUGUGGCAAAUCAAAGGCUUGUACGAACCAUGUCCGCGGCGAACCAGGUGUUGGUCUGGAACCCAGGAGAUUGACUCGAGGGACAUUCGCCCUUUGUCUCGUGCGAAAAGCAUGACGCUACGUCCUUCAGACUCUAUUUCGAUGCUUGUCCGUGACGAUUCGGAACCACUGCCGGCGAGGUCGCUCAGCGUUGUAUCACACAGCGAGAAGCGGCGACCAGCAUAUUCGCGCUAUAGAACACAUUUUGGUCGGCCAAGUUGGCCAGAUGAAGAUCGGAGAAACCCAUGUGGCAUCUUUCGGGCCCUUGAGGAUGUACUGUACAGUCAGACUCAUAGGUUCAAAGACAUAGAUGGGAAUAUGGUCAGGCGUGAACGCCUGCAUUCCGAAAUCUCAACCUCUCGGCCAGUACCACGGACUUCGAGGGUCCGACACGAUCUGCACUCGGGACACUGCAUAGGCAGGUCAUUUUCCGUGCUGAGCGUGAGCAACCUAGCCCCUUUGCAGGAAGAGGAGUCGGCGAAUGAGGCGCAUGUGGCCAGCGCGCCUGACUAUCGCGAUUCGGAACGCAUCGCGCAUAGUCUGCGAGGACAUUUCGAAGAUGGCCGGCGUGAACGCUAUCGAGGAGGAUCAUCGCUGUCAUGCUACAGCCACGCAAGAACUUCAAGCUUGCCGUCAGCGAUUUCUCCAAAGUUGAGCAAUGAACUAAGGCCAUGUUCGCGCCUUUCAUCCACGGAAGGUCUUCACAGCCCCGAAAGAAUUAAAGGAAGUAUGAUGGAGGCAAUACAUUCUGUGGUGAGCUGA